AUGCAAGCUAAUGUAACCAUUGGCGUCUUGCAAAAUAUUCUAUGGGGAUUUCUUUGCUUUGAUUUGUAUUAUAAGUACUAUGAAUUGGAAAAUAAAGAAAAUAUUUAUAAAGGGAAACAAAACAGUCAUUUGGAUUACAUUAAACCAAGAAGAUUACUUAUUCCAAGCUUUUAUUCCAGAUCCUCCAAACUUUAUUCAUUAUAUCCAUUAUUGCUCUGUGCUAUUGUUAUCGCUGGUAUGUCCUUAGAAAUAUUCGAUUUUCCUCCAAUCUUUUUUGAUUUAGUGGAUGCACAUUCAUUAUGGCAUUUAGUAACUAUUAUUCCUGCAUUUUAUGGAUGGUAUGACUGGAUGAUUUGGGAUAUUGAUGUGAAUGUGAAACAUGAAAUGAAAGAAUUAGCGCAAAAGAAAAACGAUUAA